AUGGUUGUGGCAGAAGGCACUCCAAGGAAGACAAUCAAUCCAUAUGAUUUGUCUUUAGGUGAUAAUCCGGGAGCAGUGAUCUCCCAUGUGUUGUUGAAGCAUGACAAUUAUGAUGAUUGGUCACGCGAGUUGCGAACAGCCCUUCGGGCAAGGAAGAAGUUUGGUUUUGUUGAUGGAUCGAUUCAGCGUCCUGCGGAAGAUUCAUCUAUAAUUGAAGACUGGUGGACGAACCAGUCGUUGUUGGUAUCUUGGAUUCGGAAUACCAUUGAUCCGGAUCUGCGACGUGAUAUAUCAUAUUUUGAAGUUGCUAAGGAUCUGUGGGAUGAUAUCAAGGAACAGUUCUCUGUGAUGAACGGGCCACAUGUCCAACAGCUCAAAGGCGAACUCAUCGGGUGUAAGCAAGGCACGUUGAGUAUCUCCAGCUAUUUGGGUCAGUUGAAGAGACUUUGGGAGAGUCUUGGAGAUUAUGAACAGAGUGGUGCAUGUACUUGUGAUGGAUGUACAUGUGGAUCAAAACCAAGAGAAGCUCGCAAGCAUGAAAAUGACAAGGUUGACCAAUUCCUGUUGGGAUUAGAUGAACAACGUUAUGGUGCUCUCAAGUCUGCGUUGGUUUCUAGAGAUCCCUUGCCUACGUUGAAUCAAGCAUACUCAACGGUGCAAAGGGAAGAAACGAUGAAAUCAGCAACCUGUGGGAAGGAACGGACGACUGAUAUAAUGAGCUUUGUGGUCAAUUCCUCACAACCACGUGGUCGUGGGCUGAUAUGUUCUCAUUGUGGUCGAACUGGACAUGAGAAGGAGACGUGCUACCAACUGAUUGGUUAUCCAGAGAAUUGGGGAGCACAAGGUCGAGGUUUUGAUAAUCGGAGUAGCGGUCGAUGUGGCUCACGCGGUGGCUUUGCAAAUCGAGGACGUGGUCGAGCUCCUGUUACAUCAAGAGCCAACAUCGCUCACAGAGAUGAUCAACAAGAGGUUGGUGUGUCUGGUGGGUUUAGUGAAGAACAAUUGAAGGUGCAACAAAUCAUAUGACUGUCAAACUCAGCGUCCUGCGAGAUGUUCGAGAUAUUGCACCUCGGUUUGUUAUUCUUGCAGAUGGUAGAAAAUGUUUAGCUACCAAAUCUGGUUCAGUUGUUCUCGGUCGAUGUCUUCAUCUUCUUCUCGUUUUAUAUGACCGUACGCUGAGGACGAUUGGAACAGGAC